AUGCCGGUAAGAAAUUGCUGUCUGGGCUGCCAGGGUCCAAUGCAUGGUCCGUGUGGCCCGGGCUCGUGUAGGAUGGACCCCUGCUGCUGUGUGGGACCUUGCUGUGUUCACUCUAUAGGCGCCAACUGUGGAAGUCCUUGUGGAGAUAGGGGCUGCAUACAUGGUGCUAGAGGCGGUGUGGCGGGUUCCUUCUUCAGCUGCGGUCACGGGUGUAUAGGGGGCUGUACCGGCGGCUUGUGCGCAUCUUGUUGUGGACCAGCGUGCGGAUAG